AUGCAUAGCAAAACAGCAUGGGAGAAUCAGCCUGACGAAAACCAGAGUACUGUAGAGGGAUUCUUCCUGGUGGGGGUGUCUGAUCAACCACAGUUGGAGCUGCUGUUUUAUGUGUUUGUUUUAAUCUGCUACAUUAUGACGCUGUUUGGGAAUGUCACCAUCAUUGUCAUCUCCCAGCUGGACCCCCGUCUCCACACACCCAUGUACUUCUUCCUCAGCAACCUCUCCUUCCUCGACAUCUGCUACACCAGCAGCGUUGGCCCCCAGAUGCUGGUGAACUUCCACAGUACGCGCAAGUUCAUCUCCUGGGGUAGGUGCGUGGCCCAGCUCUACAUCGCCUUUGGCCUGGGUUCCACAGAGUGCCUCCUGCUGGCAGUCAUGGCCUUCGAUCGCUACGCUGCUGUCUGCCGGCCCCUGCACUACACAACAAUUAUGAGCCAUCGCCUCUGCCUGCUCAUGGCUGCUGGUUCCUGGCUCAGUGGCCUGGUCGUUUCAUUGGCAAAUACCUUGCCAACUAUGCAGGUACCCCGGUGUGGUAGGAACCAUAUUGAUAACAUCUUCUGUGAGAUGCCCGCACUGCUCAAGUUGGCUUGUGUUGACACAUCUUUCAACGAGGCUGUGCUCUUGUCUGUAAGUGUGCUUAUCCUGGUGGUGCCUGUGAGCCUCAUCCUGGUCUCCUACGGCUACAUUGGUGCUGCUGUGGUGAGGAUCCGCUCAGCUGAGGCCAGGCGCAAAGCCUUCAGCACCUGCACCUCCCACCUGGCUGUGGUGUCACUCUUCUAUGGCCCGGCCAUCUACAUGUACCUGCAGCCUCCCUCCAAGGAUCAAGGCAAGAUUGUCUCCCUGUUCUACACCAUGUUCUCCCCAACCCUGAACCCCCUAAUCUACACACUGAGGAACAAGGAGGUACAUGGGGCCCUAAGGAGACUGCUUUGGAGAAAGCCAGACACCCAGGCCUUCUAG